CACGAUCUCAGGGUGCUUCGGGCACUUCAUUCGCCAUAGCCUGGCAAGCAGAGAGAACGAGGGCGACGCAAGAGGGUCUCCAUCAUGGUACCCUUGGACAAGGAACUCAUGGACCUCAGCAUCAACGACCCAACCCCAGUCCCGCACUUUGACGCCUCUCAAGAACCGCCGCCGCCGCCCCUUUCCAGCGAAGGCAUCGUGGCCCAGGACAUCACGCAAAAAUUCUUGUCCGCCGCUGCCACCUUGGAACCUGGUGAGCUCAUUAAGGAUGGCUUUUUCAGCUUGUUUGAGUCCGUCGGGGCUCUCGAGAUCAUGGACCCCAAGAUGGACAGCGGUUGUCUAGCUCCUGGAGAGUCCCUCGAUGACGACUACGAUGUGACUCGUCCUCUCCUCCCAAGUGAGGUGGUGGGCAUCAUCGACCAGCUGUUGUGCCUGGAGAUGGCAUGGCACCUUGGCUACCCGCUGUCCCAGACGCUCUUCACGAGCUUCUACGUCGAGAAGAUGUUAAAUCCGAAUCCAGGAGCGCUGAGAGAUGCCGACUUCGUAAGGGAUGGCGGCGACCGCUGCUCACGGGAUCCCAUGCACCGCGUUCUCAGGGCCUAUUGCCUGGGAUUGCUAAAGUCCUGCUACUACGUUAACGAGCGGAUCAAGCAUGAGCACUCCUAUGAGGAAGAGGACUUUGUGACAAAUACGUACAACCGGUCACUCCUGGAGUCGAUAGACCGAUAUGAAAUUCGUGAUGAAAUCAUCGAGGCCCGGAAUGUUAUCUACGACGUAAGGCACAAGCUAACGGACGAGAUGGCGCACGCGUUGGCCUUUCGUCUGGAGCUGAGAACCGCUUUCCUAAGGGCAAUCGAGUUAUGCGAGCUGCGUAGCGAUCCCGAGUCGUUGAGUCUGCCCUGGGCGCAAAUGCAAGGGGUCUGGGAGGCCAUCAACAAGACCCGCCACCUCGGGAAGCCCGUUCCGGAGGCGUUCAGCACCAAGAUCCAACGAAGGCUUGCUAGUACCAUGCCACCCCGCCCCAUCGUGCAGCCGAGCCCGGAGGAAACCUAUGAGCACUUCAAGAAGUUGAUAGCUGACGGGCUCAAUGUGCUCAACGUCCUCAACUAUGCCGACUCGCAAAGCCUACUGAACUUUGUCCUCACUUUUCAAGCUCAGAAACCGCAGCCGCUAGUGUUCAUCCGGUCCAUCCUCCAGAACUUCCUCUUUCAUGACAUGGUUAUUCUUGGCCGCCUUAGCAUUCGCCAGGUCCUCGACGAUGACUUGUCCAUCGUGGUUCUGCCGAGCAGCCUCCUCCUCGACCCCGCCAACGACUCUGUCGAGGCACCCCACCACCCACGCUACGCAAUAGCUCACCAGAUGGAACUCUUCCGCCAGCGAGCCGCGCAGUCCUACCUCGACAUAUUUCGUGCCUUCUGCCAGAACCGCUGCCGCGUCCGCCGGACCCUCUUCCACUCCCUGCAGGACUGGGAAAUGGUUCAAGCCGAUGCGGAGGAGAUCGACCAGCUGCUCCAGCUUCAGACCGAGGAGAAGCCCCUCGUGUACCCGCCCUCUGGAGACGAAGCCAGCCACUCCCUCCCGCUGUCGUCCUGGGCGUACCAUUACAAGCUCCGCCUGAUGGAGUGGACCGUUCAGCUUGGCUUUGAGCUCGAAAUCUACCAAGCCGACGAACUCGCAGGCAUGUACUGGUACCUCAGCCACCUCUCCAAAACCCGCGCUCGACAUCUCGAGCGCAUCAAGUUUUUUACUACGCAUCGCCUCGAGACGUCAUCCGCCGCCGCCGCCACUACCGCCUCCAACGCCAAAGCCGCCAGUACCGCUUCCAGCCCACAAUAUGCCCGCUCCAAGUCCUACCUCCGCGUCACCACCCUCGAGGCAGCACUCACCUCGGAGCUGGCCGCCGCCUUCUGCGACCUCUACAUCGCCCUUCAGCGGCUCAGCCUAAUCCCCCGCCCCCCACGGCCUUACGGAACGGACGCGCUCCGCUACGAGGUGCGCAUGAAGUCGUUCGCGAACAUCGGCCUGCCGGAGCUGCCCUCGUUCGAGGCAUUCUCGCACGCUGUCAACCAACCUGACACGCCGACGAUCAAGCUGCUCGACAAUGCCGCCGCGGCCGCGGCCCAUGCCCAUGCCGGGCUGGAAGUCAUGGCCAAGAUGAGCGCGAUCGAGGCAUUCGCUGUGGGUUCGCAUGAGCGGUGGCUGGAGAGCGUCAAGGGGUGGAGCAAGGCUGCUACUGCUCUGGGCAUGGCCGUGUCGAAGGUCAAAAAGGCAGUGACUGCAGCCGCCGCUGCUGAGGGGUCUGGCAAUGAUGGCGUUGGGGGGCGGCUGCAAGUGCAGGUGCCGCGCCCAGAGGAGGGGUACCAUGAGUGGUGGAUCGUACCGAAAGUGACGGAGAGGUAGCGGGGGGGAGCCCAGUAGUGGGUAGAAGGGGCAACCGUCGAGGAACGAAGGCAGUUCGGGAACAGAAGAAGGCAAGAAACAACACUCAAGA